AUGAUGGCAAAACCCCCAGAGGAGAUGUGAGGCCUUAAGUGUGGAAUUUUUGGAAAUACCAUACUGAGACAAUUCUUUUUUCUAUUUGACUUUGCUCAUGAAGAGGUAGAUCUGAGGGAAGAGAUGAAGUCCCAUUGGGAUGGGAAAGUGAGGUUGAUUCGCAGUCCACAACGACUAGGUCUCAUGAGAGCUCGAAUGCUUGGGGCUGAGAAUGCUUCUGGACAGGUGAUAGUGUUCCUGGACAGCCACUGUGAAGUGAAUGUGGAUUGGCUCCCUCCUCUUGUGGAACCCAUUGCAUCCUCUCAUGGAGAUACUGUCACCAUCCCCAUCAUUGAUAUCAUUCAACCAGAUACUUUCAAGUAUGUCUCUUCACCCAUGGUCAAAGGAGGAUUCAAUUGGGGUCUGCAUUACAAAUGGGACAACAUCCCUAGAUCUCUAUUACGAAAGCCUGAAGAUUUUGUCCGACCAAUUGCGUCACCCACAAUGGCAGGAGGAUUGUUUGCCAUCCAGAAGGACACAUUCUUCCAACUAGGAGGAUAUGAUCCUGGAAUGGACAUUUGGGGAGGAGAAAAUCUGGAAUUGUCUUUCAAAAUUUGGAUGUGUUUGCCACAAGGAAGACUUGUAAUUGUUCCUUGUUCCCGUGUUGGCCAUGUGUUUCGAGGACGGAGACCUUAUGGAUCUCCCGAUGGAACUGAUACGAUGCUAAAAAACUCUCUCCGUGUUGCUCACGUCUGGAUGGACGAGUACAAGGUGGAAGGAAACUAUAGUCUUUGA